AUGCUUCUGAACCCGUUCCGACCAUGCGAGGGCUCGCCAACCUUCCAAGAGGAAUACCGGGGCAGCUACGUACCAAAGGUUAUCGACACCGGAUAUGGCCUCCAGGUUGUGGCGCCAGAUACUCCAUACGUGGCAGCGGCCGGCCCAGACAAGCUAUACUUCAUCGACACCCGGUUCGAUCCCGAGACUGCAAACCAUAUCAAGACACAAAUCGAAAAGGCAACUGUACCGAAUCCGGAGGACUAUGUCGCCAUAGACGAGAUUUUGGCUACGGCGGAAAUCAAAAACUCUGUGACCGGCGAAACGACAUUCGUGUUUGACCCCCUUUAUGCCAGAGUACUGUUUGCAAGGGGAAUGAACAGGCACAACCCGGAGCUUAAACUGCCGGAGCAUGAGCCUGCCGGCGAUUGGUUGGUGACCUACGACCUGGAUGAUAUACUUACGAAGCGAAAUUGA